AUGGUAAGGCCGAUUGUCGAAUAUGCCUCUGUAGUGUGGUCCCCGCACCAGUCAAUCUUGAUAAACGACCUUGAAAGGAUUCAAACCAAGUUCCUACGUUAUCUGGGCGUCCGAACUGGCUUCCUGUACAGAGAGGUACAUGUGGACCGUCCAGAUGAAGCGCUGUGUCUUCCACCAUUGGCUGCCAGAAGGAAAGUCCAAGAUUUAAUGUUUCUGUAUAAAGUCAUAAAUGGUCUGAUUGAUUGCCCUGAGUUGCUGGAACGUGUAUUUUUUCGUCUGCCUUCUCAUGCAAGAGAACUUUUUCGUUUUCGUAGAUUCCAUCAUGUGACUAACUAUGAAAUGAACAGCGCCAUGGUCAGGAUGCAACGUCUUGGAAACUCAUUGUCUGAAGAGGUGGACUUCUUCUUCGUGUCGGAGGCUACUUUCCGAAGAUCAAUUAAGGACUUCCACUUCUCUGGUGAUCAUUAG